AUGUCGGAUAUUCAAACAAAAAGGUCUGAUCUUCAACAACACUUCAAGCGAAACUUAGUACAAAGUUUGGUAAAAAGAUCGCAAAUAUUAGAAAAGAUAUCGAGAUCUGACGAUGAAAUAAAUCAACACAAAGCAACAGAUUGUCAAGAAAAUUCUGUGCCAUCUGAUUCGACCGAAAACAAUUCAAUGACGAGUGAUAACCACACAAGAUCACUAUUCUCCAACGAAGAACAGAGCUUUCUGAUCUGCGUUAAAAUUUUCGAAUUACGAGAAUUGUUUGGAUUUUAUGUAAAUCCUUUCGUUGAAGUUGCAAUAGGUGAAGAAGUACUGGAACUACCUCCGCAAGGGACAAGUACGCCAAAAUGGAAUGAAUUUCACUGUUUUUCAAUUAAGAAGAGUCCGCAUGAACUGAUGCAAACAAUCAUCGAGUUUUCAGUGAUGAAUUCAAAUGUGAAUAAUUUGCUAAUUGGAAGUUUCCGAUGCGAAUUAGGCUACAUAUAUAACUGUAAAAACCAUAUGGUUCAUGAAAAAUGGCUUCCUUUGCAGAAUGGAACUUCAGCAACAGAUUUUGUUGAUGGAGAUGGGAAAUUUACCGAUAUUCGAGGAUAUCUUAAGGUAAGAAUUCUCGAAAUUUCUGAAUUGGCAGACCAACUUCGCAACAUUCAAAAAAAUUCAUUGAUGUUAGAAGUUGAAAUAGUGUUUCGAAUUAUUUCGGUACAUCGUUCAAAAACAGGCAAAAAAAAAACAAUACUUGCAGUUGCUAAACUAAAUUUGUCGAAAAUCUAUCAGUGGCGUAGCAGCGAAAUAGUUACAACAGUGCAUAAUAAUAAGUUCGUUGGUCGGCUUUUGCUUACAAUUCGAUGCACAGAUGAUUUAUGCCGUAAAACUUCGAAAAAAUUUAUUCAUUCGAGAGAUUUACGGUUGGCCGAAAGUCGACUGCCACGACUAUUUUGCCAAUAUGUUUUAUGUUCGACUUUCUUCGACGCCAACUUUAUUCAUCCAUCACUAAGAGGAAAAAAUAUUUGCUUCGUGGCGAGUAUCGGUCAUUACGGCAAUGAUUUACACACAGGCGUAACAAAUUUCGCAAACCGUACGCUGGCGAUGAUAAAAAUGCUUAGUGAAUGUGCGGAAACAAUUGAGGGUGAAUCCUGCAGUGCACUGGAAGCUUCAUCAAAUGUCGUCGAAACUAUGGAAGAUUUAUGCCUUAUUUUACAUUUGCUCACAGAGAGCGAAAUAUGGGAAGAAUCGCAUUUAAUGAACAUUGAUUGCUUUCAUCUCGAUCUUAUUAAAACACUUCUUUCUAUGGUAGCAGAAAACUUUUGGAAUGUCAAGUUUAAUAAGAUUGAUUAUAAGCAUCUGAAGCAGAUUGCUUAUGAUUGCAAAGAAUAUUAUUGCGGAAUCUACUGUGGUCAGCAACGAUUGAUUUCACUCAAAUGGUUGGAAAACGAUAGAUUAGAAGAUAAAAAUAGUAUUGCUGGUUGCGUGAAUUUACGUGCUUGGUUUGGUAAAAAUGAAAAUCGAAUGAUAUGGGAGAAGACAACUAAGCCAGGCCGAAUAUGGUAUUGUGCUGAGAUAUUUGAAAAUCAGUAUCUUCUGUCAAAGGAUAAUUGGAGAGAGGCGACAGGCAGCAACGGUGAACCAUUCCCUCAAUCCGAUGAAUCAGGAUUCGUAGCCAUUGCAAAAAAUAUAUGCCUUCCACCAGGCUGGUCAUAUGGGGGUCCAUGGAAACUCUUAUUUUGUCAUGAUAUGUGGGUAGGCCCAGAUGCAGGUCGUUUGAAAUACGAGGAAGAAUUUUAUGAGAUGGAGAAAAAAGUGGACAAUCGAUGGAUAACAACAGAAUACAUAAAUGCAUAUGGCGAAGUGGUCCACAAUGUUUUUGAUCAAGUGACCCCGAGAGGAUGGAAGUGGUCGGGACUAUGGGCGAUUGAUUUGUUUUGCGCUGGUGAUGUUCAUGGUUGGACUUAUUCGAUUGAUAAAAAUUUUAUGGGGCAUAAAAGUCUGAUGGAUUAUACUGAGCGUGAAGAGCACAACUACCGAAGACGCCGUUGGAGGCGCAUUCGAAUUCGCGAUGACGAUAGUGUAUUUGAAAAUUUAGCCGCUUUUAAGUGCACUAUCGAUCCAGAUUCCUGGGAGUAUGCGAGAGUUUUUGGAGAACCUGUGCAUAUGCAAAAAAUGUCAAAUGAUCGUUUCCGUAGGCGAAGAUAUGUGCGUGAAAUUGUUCCACCGAAAGACAUUCAUUUAAGGCAAGAGUACAGUUGCGCAACAAAGUGGCAAAUGCAUGCUACGCUAAUCUGGUCCAAAAAUCUAAAAGAAUCGGCACCAGGGAUCUUAAAAACAUUUGUACGAAUCGCUUUUACAAAUUGUUGUCAGAGGACAAGUACCGUUGAGGAAUCUAAUAAUCCGAUAUGGGAUGAAACUUUAAUCUUUGACAAGAUUUCAUCGAGUAUCAUCCAUUCUAUCUUAUUUCAGGUGAUACUAUGCGGAAGUAGCUUAUUGCAAAACCCUCCUCGAAUAAUCGUGGAAAUCUGCUCAGAACAUUUUGAUGGGAGUGAAAAAUUGAUUGGUUAUUUUGUAACAGUUCCCCACGUUUCUUAUUCGUCAAUGAGUCGCGCUAAACCAAGUUGGCAUUCAUUCAGACUAGGAAAUAUAAAAAUAGGGACUGCUUUACUCGCCUCUUUCGAAUUGUUUCCGUACGAACUUGGUUCAAUAUUUUCUCGUAUGGCAAAACUUAAACCAAAUAGUAUAAGAUAUUUAGCUUCAUCUGCGAUAAGCCCGAGGCUCAAGAAAUAUCAUUGGUUCGCUGGAAAUUUCUUUGUGGAAUUAAGAGUCGGUGAUCGCUCAAUAAGAAGUGAUGCUAUUGAGAAUCCAGAGAAAAAUCCGAAUUUUUCUCGCAAUUUACUUGUCCUUACUGAUGUCUUAUUGCCAGAAAACUUGAAAUAUGCACCUCCAUUGAACAUUAUUCUCUAUGAAACUUAUUCUUUUGGUCGGCAACUUGAGAUAGGAAGAUCAAUUAUUAUGGAUUACCAAUGUAUAUGCACAAAUUAUUUUCUCAAGAAAUUUCCAUAUCUGUUAAAUUUUAUUUCUAUCAAUUUUAUCAAACUCACUGAUAAGUUUUUUCCGCAAAAAUCGAAAGCUUAUAAUUGGAAAAAAUUCAAUGAAAUGACGCAGGCUGAAGAUAUAUUCGAAAAAAAUUUCUCAGAAAAUUUGACUGGUGACUAUGAACUAAUCGACUGGUGGAGCAAAUAUUAUAGUUCAAUUGGUGAAUUAGCGAGAGCGCCAAAUUUUCCUGCAUCAAAUAUAGGAACACUUAAAGUUUACGAUUGCGCAUUAGAAGAAGUCGAUGAAUUUCAUGGCUUUCGAGAUUUCGCUGAUACAUUUAUUUUCCAAAAAUCGCAUGAUGUUUUCCAAAAAUUGGGUAAAAACCAGAUUGAGUGUGGUGAACUCAAAGGAAAAGUAUUUAUUAAAGAAGAAGGUUCCGUGAAGAGAGAUAUGCAACUAAUCUGUAAAGAAUUCACGAGUGUGACAAAAUGUGUUGUACGCGUUUAUAUCAUCCGAGCUUUUAACUUGGUUUUCCCUAAAAACGAUGGAAGAUACAAUCCUUAUAUAUCUAUCAAAUGUGGUAAGAGAAAGAGACAUAUCGUAACAAAGAAGCGCAAAUAUGGAUUUGGUGAAAACCCAAUCUUCGGGCAAAUGAUUGAAUUGGAGGCUAAUUUACCUCUAGAAAAGGAUUUAAUCAUUCGAGUGAUGAAUAGAAACCGUUUAUUCACAGAUGAUGAAAUUGGUCAAACUACAAUUGACUUGGAAAAUCGCCUUCUUACGUUGCAUAGAGGAACGAUAGGACUUCCGAAACAAUAUAUUGCACGAGGUCCUCUCACUUGGAGAGAUCAGCUUACUCCACUGAAACUGUUGAAGCAAAGUAUAAAAAAGUGUAUUUCUAGACAAUGCAUCAAAAUGGGUUAUCCUCCGCCUGAGAUGGAAACGAAGGUUGAUGACAUUGGCCUUACUGUGGCUGGCAUCACAUUCUGGUGCAAAAACAUCGAAAAAGCUUCAUCCAAUCUAGAACUAAUGGGAAAUGCACUUCAACGAGUGGCGUUAUUUGUACUUAACCAGAUGGGAUUAGUACCAGAACAUGUGGAAACCAGACCACUUCAUUCUGGCAAUAAUAAAGUAAAUAAUAAAGUGGAAUAUGGAAAACUGCAACUUUUUGUCGAUAUUAUGCCGAUAAUCUUAGGCCCAAUUCCACCUCCGCUAGAUAUUUCGCCUCGCUUACCCAAAAAAUAUGAGUUGAGAGUGGUCGUUUGGAAUGUACGAAAUUUCAAAAAUGUGAAAUUAAAGGCGGCUGACUUAUACGUGAAGUGUUUUCUUUAUGGAUCGACUAAACGUGAAUGCACAGACAUACAUUAUCGCAGUACAGAUGGUUAUGGGACGUUUAACUGGAGAUUUAUUUUGAAAUUUGAUUUCGAUAUUUGGGAACAGAAACUUAUUCACUACAAAAAGAGACGCCUAUUUGGGUUUGAAUCCAUGAAGAUUAUAACAACGAAGGUAAUGAUGGAACCCAUAUUGGUCGUAGAAAUAUGGGAUAACAAUAAAUUUGAGAAGGAUGAUUAUAUCGGGCAACUAAAAUUCAAUUUACUUGCCUUCGAUGAAGCACAAAUGGAAUCUGAAGAAAUGCUAAAUGUAUAUCCAGCCCAGGCCGGAAAUCGUUGCAUGCUGCUUAAAAAAAUUUUAUCGUGUUUAUACCUGUCAGAUUAUACUACUAGAACGCUGCCUGAUAGACGCUAUGAUAGAUUACGUCUGAAAAAGAUGCUUUCAGUUUGGCGAGAUAUUCUCUUAAUGAAUAAUGAAAAAUGUUUAAGACCUAACGAGCAUUUGCUCUAUGGUGAUAUCACGAAUUUCUUAUCAUAUCAUAAAGCAAUUUUAGUGGCAAAUUUAGUACCCACCAGUAAUGCUUUUGAAACAAGGAUAAAUCGAACAGUACAAAAAGGGAAAGACGACGAUCCCGAGCAAAGAAUUCCAUAUGUUACAGGCCUUGUUGAACUGGAAAUGGAGUUGCUGGUUGCUGAAGAAGCAAAGAAAGAACCAGUUGGAAAGAAACGCAAUAAACCUAACCAUUCACCUUUUUUGCCAGUUCCUGUUCGAAGACGAUAUGACGAAUUUUGGCUUUCAUCACGAUUAGCAGAAUUUUCAAGGAUUUUUUGGCGAAAAUAUGGUCGAAGAUGUGUUUGUAGAGUUUUGCUGGCACUAUUUAUAUUCUUUUUUAUUGUUACUUUCGUUUUUCAUUUGCCACAUAUAUUAUUUAAAAUAUAG